UACUGUUAAAAAAAAAAAUACACUGUAAAAAAAAAUAAAGCAACCGGCUGCAAAGUUAACAGUCAGGUCCUCUCUACAAACAUGAUGACUCGGGGUUGAUGCGUGUUGUUCAAUCUGUAAAAUCUCUCAGUUUGUCGAGCAGAAAGCUGUUCACUGACUCAUGUAACCUCCAACUCCCAGGGUGCAUUUCACCUCGAAGCAGCCAAUCACAGAGCUUCAUACUGACGCUGAGAAAACUGAUUUCCUGCGUCUAAAGUUCAUUGAAGUUUUUGACUCUUUAACAUUUUUAAAAAGGUUCAGUUGCCAUGGAAACAUUACACCUCUUUGUGAUGUCAGCAGCUGAGGCUCAUGGGUAAUGUAGUAUCAGAUGUUUUUAUGCAGAUGUGGAGGAUGAAGUAGGAUUUCCUCCUCCUCCUUCUUCUCCUCUCCUCUUUAGUCUAUUCUUCUUCUGUCUAAAGCUCCUCCUUAAGUCACUUCCUGUUCCCUGUCCUUCUCUUCAUGUCUUUUGUUGUUUCCUCCUCUUCCUCCUCCCCCUCCCCCCUCUGUAGUUUGAACAUGUGGAUCCUCAUUGUGUGCAGACCUGUGGAGCGUUCAGGUGUCUGUGAAGCUGUAGGAGAAGUGAAUGUGUGAGUUCAGGAGGAUUUGAUCUGAUGGGGUAUCAGAGGAGCGUGUGGCGCAGCCUGGGAGGAGGAGGAGGAGGUGCUGUGGUGAGGUGUUCAUGUUCAGAGGAGGAGGUCAGGAUCUCCAUCAGGAGUGUCGGGGAGGAGCGGCUGCUCAGACGAGUGUUGACCCGUCGCUGGUUUGAGUCGCCCCGCCUCUCCGUCUGCAGUAAUGAGCGCGCUCCGUCGGCCACGCCCUCCGACUCCUCAGAGCCCCGCCCACUCAGCCUGAUCUCCACGCUGUCCUCGGGAUCCGGAUCCUCCCGGGACGAGAACCCCGCCCCCCCUCCGUCUGACCAAACCCCGGCACUCAACCUGGACCUGAGCUCUGAGGGGGGGCCAGACAGGAAGGGGCGUAGCCACUGCAUCGCCAACGACAAAGAGCCGUUCGUCAUGGCUCCUCAGCUGACCUACCUGGACCGCGUCGUCAUGGAGAUCAUCGAGACGGAGAGGAUGUACGUCAGAGACCUGCGCAUGAUCGUAGAGGAUUACCUGGCUCACAUCAUCGAUCAGUGCGACCUGUCGAUUCGUCCUGAGCAGGUGUGCGCUCUCUUCGGGAACAUCGAGGACAUCUACGAGUUCAACAGCGAGCUGCUCCAGGCUCUGGACCUGUGUGAUAACGACCCGGUGGCGGUGGCUCGCUGCUUCGUCAUGAAGAGCGAGUACUUUGAGAUCUACACUCAGUACUGCACUAACUACCCAAAUUCGGUGGCGGCGCUGACGGAGUGCAUGAGGAAUAAAUCUCUGGCCAAGUUUUUCCGGGAGCGCCAGGCGUUACUGAAGCGCUCGCUGCCUCUGGGUUCAUACCUGCUCAAACCCGUUCAGAGGAUCCUCAAAUACCACCUGCUGCUCCAGGAGAUAGCGAAGCACUUUGACCCGAUGGAGGAGGGUUACGAGGUGGUGGAGGACGCCAUCUACACGAUGACGGGUGUCGCCUGGUACAUCAACGACAUGAAGAGGAAACACGAGCACGCUGUGAGGCUCCAGGAGGUUCAGUCUUUACUGCUGAACUGGAAAGGUCCUGACCUCACCACGUACGGAGAACUGGUCCUGGAGGGAACCUUCAAAGUCCACCGAGCCAAAAACGAGAGGACGCUCUUCCUGUUCGACCACAUGCUGCUGAUCACCAAACGCCGAGGAGAACACUUUGUCUACAAGACACACAUCUCUUGCUCCACUCUCAUGCUGAUUGAAAGCGCCAAAGACACCCUGAGCUUCAGCGUGAUUCAUUACAAACAUCCCAAACAGCCUCACACCGUGCAGGCGAAGACGGUGGAGGAAAGGAAGCUGUGGGCUCAUCACAUCAAACGCACCAUUCUGGAAAACCACCAAGCCAUCAUCCCACAGAAGGCUAAAGACGCCAUCUUGGAAAUGAAUCCUACAUACCCUCCGCGGUAUCGUUACAGCCCCGAGCGGCUGAAGAAAGCGUCCUCCGUUCAGUCUGAUGAGUUUCAGCGAGACGGUCGCUAUGGGAGACGACAGUCAGAACCCGACAAACUGACGGUGAAGAGCAGCAAAGAUCUCAAAGCCACCCUCAAGCAGUCACACAGUGAGGCGGGGUCACCGGGGGCGGGGCGAUCCACGCAGCCCCUCAACCCUGAGGAGGAGGAGGAGGAGAUCUGCAGCAGGAGGGACUCAGUAGAGGGGCUGAUCUGCAGCGACGAAGAGGAGGGGGGCAGGUUGUCUCCUCAGCGGUCUCAUCGGGUGGAGGACAGCGAGCUGGACGACCUGUUGGAGGACGAACAGGUAGAAGAUUUCACCGGCUCAGUGCUGGCCGCGCUCUCCUGUUGGCCCCUCUGGCCCCAGGUUACCAUGGUGACGCCGCAGGAGGCGGAGGGAGGCAGCGUCUCUGCUGACAGCUGUGACAAAGAAAACGUCAGACUUCCUAAAGAAGACGAGGAAGAGGAGGAGGAGGAGGAGGAGGGUAGAGAUCAGGACACACAUGAGCAGGCCUCCUCAGAAAAUACAUCAAAGGAGAAGACUUCGAAACAGACUACAGUCCACGAACCAGAACCCCCCUGUGAUUCAGACAGUCUGUCCUCUACACCUGCCGGGACCUCAGUUUCUCCUCAAAGGUCUCAAGUGAAACCUGAAAGAGCUGCAGAACACGUAGAGCGACAGUCGUCAGCGACGCCCGAUUCAGAUUCAAAAACGCUGAGCAGUGCAGAAUCCUCAGAGGACGAGGAGGAUGAGAAGGCGGCGACAGAGAAAGAGGGUGAAGCCACCAGCAUCCUUCCUUCCUCUGUCUUGGACAAAGCCAGCGCCAUCGCUCAACACUUCACUAACAGCAUCAAACGAGGCGGCUUGGCCCAGGACGACGCCCGCUCCCUCGGCUGUGCUUCACCACGUCUCCUGAGCAGGACCAGCAGCAGCCUCAGCCUGUGCCCCGAACCCUCCGACAGAACUUUGCGGCUCAACAGCGCCUGUUCUGAUCCUCCGGAGACUUUUGGCUCGACAGAUUUGACCCUGCUGUCCCCUCGGGAUGACGCCCUCUUUGAUGCUGACAGAAGCAUUCGGCGGAGGCGGGACUCGGCCCUGUCCAAGCAGGACCAGCUGCUCAUUGGAAAAAUCAGGAGCUACUACGAGACCGCCGAGAACCAGGGCGCCACGUUCAGCCUCCAGCGCAGGGAGAGCCUGACAUACAUCCCAAUGGGGGUGGUGAGGAACUCUGUCAGCCGCUUUAACAGCAACCAAAACGAUGAGAGUGUCCAAACAAACCCCUCUGCCAAAUCCCUCAGGCUGGAGUCAAACUCAGCUUUACCAACAGGUACCUGGGCUGACAUAGUGACUGAUGACUGUUUGGAUCCUCUGAAGUCUGAUAUGGUGAACAAAGAGCCAGAAGAUUCAGGAGAAAGCACCAGGACCAGAUCUCAAAGUGUGCAGGACAAUCCCUGUGAGGAAGAGGAGUUCAGACCUUCAUCUGAAAUGAUCAAGAUCUGGCAGACGAUGGAGCAAGAAAUCAACAGAAGUGAAGACAGAGGGUGUGAUCGAUCUCGAGAAGCUCAAAGAAAAUCCAGAGCGACUCAUGACAACCUGUCUGAGACGCCGAAGACCCAAAAUAAAAUCUGUGACCGAGACAGUGGAGCAUCUGACCUUAGCACCAUCACAGAGGAAUCCACGAGUCCUUCGCCCCUAAAGCACAAAGUCCCUGGUGUGAACCACACAGGAAAUCUGAAAGACUCUCUGAGGACAUUCAGGGAAGAGGCUGCCAUCUUCAGAGCUCCGGUUCCUCGGGUCGCACAGCUAAGGGCAGAGGUAGAGGGGGAAAGACCCGGCAAGGAUUUAGACCAGCUGGAUGAAACAGACAAAACAAACAGCAAAGUUCUCCAUCUAGCUCGACAGUACAGCCAGCGUCUUAAAACGACCACUCCAGUGGUCCGACAGAGAAGUCAGGGCCUGCUGAUUGGCAAGAAGAGCUUACCCUGCGUGUUGGAAGAGAAGGAAAAUGCAGGAACUGUGACGUCCUGUUUACCUAAAGGUAAACCCAACCUGACUCUGCCACUGGUUUCUCAUAGCCAAGCAUCCUCUCUACCGUUGAGCCCAGUAGACCAGAUCCAGUCUCCUUCCCCUGGACUCACCUGUAGUUCAGUGGGUAGUUCCAGGGUGGUGUCCCCGGGCAGGGCUCGGUCCCACAGCCCCCCCAGCCCUACCCCUCCCACCGAGAACUUCAACUGGCCUGACGUCCGGGAACUCCGCUCCAAAUACUCCAAUCCUGCUAGACCCCAAAAGAGUACCGUCAGCCGGAGUCGCUCUAUCCCGGAGAAGAUGUCUGAUGGUGGACUGAGGAGGCAUUCCAGCUGCUCCUCCAGCCUCCCCCGCAUGGAUGAGGCUUCUUGUGAGGUUCCUUCUCACAAGCCUUGUGGCAGCUGGGACGCUGGUCGAGAGGAACGCACCAAAAGGCUUCUCAGAGCCAAUUCUCUGGACCCUCGACUGAGUGCAGAACAAAUGACUGAGCUGCAGAAGCUAAAGGACCAGGUGGCUAACGAUAAUGACGAUGGUUACUACAUUGCGGCUGAGGCGGUGCUACCAAAUGAUCCAGAACACAAGAUCAUCGUUAUGGAGAAACUUCCAGAUCUGGAGUCAGAACCUGAGUCAGAACCUGAGUCAGAAACAGCCAAAAAAGAGUCCAAAAAAGAAGCUGAAGAGGAGGACGACAGCUACAUCCAAAUUCGUUCACCGACCAGCAGGGAGAAGAUCUCCAUCAUGGCCGUCAUAGACCGCUGCCGGGCCUAUCAGGAGUCUGACGAAUAUAAACAGAGGGAGGAAGUGAGAGCUAAAACUGAGCCCACAAGGCCUCAAGAGCUUGACAUCAGCGUGGCAUCCACCAAAGAUCAGGACGUUGAAUCCCAGAAAACAAGCUCAAACUCAGGGCUGAAGGUAGAGGCUGGUCAGCAGAGCAUCGUGAAAAACCUGAGGGACAAGUUUCAGAACCUCAGCUGAAAAGAAGAAAACCAAAGACAUGUAAAUUGAGGACUGAACUGUUUGAACUCUUUAAGUGGUCAACAGUGAGCCUGUCAGCUUAUUCCCUUUGUAGACUUUGUACAACUAGAGAGGACGGUUUCUGCUUUCCGGAAGGUUUUUAUGUGUAAUUAUUCCAAAUGUUAUUUUGGAUUAUAAAACGGUCAAGAAGAAAACUGUCAGCUUGUCAUUAAGGGAUCAAUAGAGAACAUUUUUUUUAAGCAAUGACGUUGAUUAUAUAACAAAGAGCAUAAAGACAGAAUAUCUUUUUAUGGACUGAUCCAAAAACAACUUUCAAUAGAUCCUGUGUCCUCUUCAUUUUGUAGAUAAUCAUGUAAAAACAAAUCUUAUGUCUUUAAAAUGUCCUCACUCUUAAUAUUGGUCAAAGCACCUUUUUGUACAGCAUGUAAUGAUAUGUUGCAGUUUCAGUUCUGGGAGUUUUUCCCCCCUCAGUCGUUGUCCAUGAAAAGAGCUUUAAGCAGCCGUCAGUCUGGUUUUUACAGUCGUCUUUUCUUUGCAGUUCUAAAAGCUUUACAUCAGAGCCACAGCAAAGAUUGUGAUUCUCCAAUGAAUAACUGCUACAAGAGAACUAACGUUCUUUAUUCUGCUGAACAACUUUUCUGUUCUUUUUAAAGGAACAGUCCAACAUUUAAAUCAAUCACUGUCUUCUCUGCACUCAGGUGGAUCAUUGUCAUCUCAGUGUGACAGCACAGAAGUUUAGCCGAGCUUAGCACAAAGACUGAAAGCAGGAGGAGCUGUUAGCCUAGCAUCAGAAACCUUCAGACGUCUCUGGAGCUGAACAUGUUUUUAUCCUGAGUUAAACCAUGCGACAGUGUAAGUAGUGAAUUAAUAUCUUAGUGCGCUUCUUUCAGGUCAAUGCUCUAAAUUAUCUGAACUUAUAUCAUUCAUAAUAAUAAAGGACAACAUCAUAUAAACACUACAUAAUUAUCUGUAAAUAAUCUACUAAAUAAAUAAUUAUCUAUAAUUAAUCUGCAAUGAUGAGAUUACCUCUUCAGGUGUGACUCUGUACAUUUUGUGAAUCAUAUCAAACGUUAACUCAAAAGUAACAAACAAAGGUAACUUUUGAAAAGUGUCAGUUUGUCUUUUAAUAAAUAUUAAAUAUUUUAUUUCAGGCAUGUCAGAUUUGAUCAUCAGCAGUAACUAAGUUGUUUCUACGUCACAAACACAGGAAGUGAUGUCAGCGUGUUGCUGUUCUGAGCAGAGGAAACAGGUCGAGGCAUUAGGAGAGGAAUAACAUUUUUCUGUCAAUGGUGUUAGCUUCAGUUAGCAUUUUGCUAACACUUGUUCUCGUCAGUAGCUCGUUAGCUCACGAGAAUAAAUCAGAUCUACUGUAGGCUUCUCUUGUUUUAUGAAAAUAAUUCAUUUUUAAGAUCAACAUUUCAGUCUCACAGAGUCCGAAUGUUCUUAUAGGAACAAAUCAGCUUCACUAGGAGAGAAAUAAAGGAUUCAUCAAUAAAUGAGCUUUAACGUUUUCCCCUCAGCACUUUUGACUUAAAGAUAAAAACAAAUCUUGUCGACGCUUUUAUAUACAUCAUUGAUUUCAAAUAAAGCAAUUAAAGAUGGUUUUAUUCUGAGCAUACUAAUUAUAAUUCAUACAUUAUACAUAACAUAGUUUAUUGAAAUUAUUGGAUGUAUUUCUUUUUUUGUGCCUUUUAGUUUAUUUAUGUAAAGUUUAUUUAAACAUAUUUACUUUGUUCUUUAUUUAUUCCCUGAUGAGUCAACACACAACAGUUACCUGAAUUAGAAUGUAAAUGUUUUAUUUGUCCACAUCGCUGUCACACUGUGGAUCACUUUGAGUCACUGCAGAUCUCUGUGGAUCACUGCAGAUCUCUGUGGAUCACUGCAGAUCUAUGUGGAUCACUUUGAGUCACUGCAGAUCUCUGUGGAUCACUGCAGAUCUCUGUGGAUCACUGCAGAUCACUGUGGAUCUCUGUGGAUCACUUUGAAUCACUGCAGAUCUCUGUGGAUCACUGCAGAUCACUGUGGAUCUCUGUGGAUCACUUUGAGUCACUGCAGAUCUCUGUGAAUCACUGCAGAUCUCUGUGGAUCACUUUGAGUCACUGCAGAUCUCUGUGGAUCACUGCAGAUCUAUGUGGAUCUCUGUGGAUCACUGUGGAUCUCUGUGGAUCACUGCAGAUCUAUGUGGAUCUCUGUGGAUCACUUUGAGUCACUGCAGAUCUCUGUGGAUCACUGCAGAUCACUGUGGAUCUCUGUGGAUCACUGUGGAUCUCUGUGGAUCACUGCAGAUCUAUGUGGAUCUCUGUGGAUCACUGCGGAUCUCUGUGGAUCACUGCAGAUCUAUGUGGAUUUCUGUGGAUCACUGCAGAUCUAUGUGGAUCUCUGUGGAUCACUGUGGAUCUCUGUGGAUCACUUUGAGUCACUGCAGAUCUCUGUGGAUCACUGCAGAUCUCUGUGGAUCACUGCAGAUCACUGUGGAUCUCUGUGGAUCACUUUGAAUCACUGCAGAUCUCUGUGGAUCACUGCAGAUCACUGUGGAUCUCUGUGGAUCUCUGUGGAUCACUUUGAGUCACUGCAGAUCUCUGUGGAUCACUGCAGAUCUAUGUGGAUCUCUGUGGAUCACUGUGGAUCUCUGUGGAUCACUGCAGAUCUAUGUGGAUCUCUGUGGAUCACUGCAGAUCUCUGUGGAUCACUGCAGAUCUCUGUGGAUCUCUGUGGAUCACUGUGGAUCACUGCAGAUCUCUGUGGAUCACUGCAGAUCUAUGUGGAUCACUGCAGAUCUCUGUGGAUCUCUGUGGAUCACUGUGGAUCUCUGUGGAUCACUUUGAGUCACUGCAGAUCACUUUGGCAGAUGUGGGACUUGAACCUGUGACUGUCCUGUAACUACCGGUCCACCCUGCUCAUCAUGCUCCUCUGUCAGUCGCUCGCUGUUAGCUUCCUGUACCUGCUCUUUAUCUCACCUGAUGUGAGUAGAAACACACUUCCUGUGUGUAACUGUGGUUUCAUGUGUGUGUGUUUGUACAGAUGUGUUUAUAUGAGAGGACCACUGUUCUGUUUCCAUUAAAAUCCCAUGUACAGGAUCAGCA